AUGGAUCUUGAAUUGGUAAAAAGUGGGUUGAAUUUCUCCAAGAAAAAGAAGUGGCUAGUUUUACUUGCCGUAUUUGGUUUUUCGAGUUUUGGUGCGUAUAAAGUGUAUAACUUGCCGUCUGUGGUAAGGAAGAGGAAGAGGGUUGUAAAGCUCUUGGGAACCCUAGUUUCUGUAGCCGAGAUGGUUUCUGAUUCCGCGGAGACAGUUAGUGUUGUCUCCAAGGAUUUAAAGGAGUUUUUGCAAUCAGAUUCAGACAAAAUUCCCAAUAGUUUGAAGCAAUUAUCGAAAAUUGCUCGAUCUGAUGAGUUAUCCAAGUCGUUGAUUGGGGUUUCCGAGGCUAUGGUGGCUGGGGUUUUAAGAGGUUAUAGGUCAGAGACAAGAAACGAAACUGAUGAAGUGGGGAAUUCAAGUUUUCCUGACCGGGUUAUGGAUAAACUGAUGUCCAGGGCAGGGACUGGGUUUAUUUCGGUGGUGGUUGGUAGUUUUGCGAGAAACUUGGUAUUGGGUUUUUAUUCAAGUGAUCAAUCACACGAAGGUUUGUAUGGAAACAACAGUUCGGGUGUGUCCUAUGUUGGAUCAAAUUUGUCGAAUUUGCCUGACUGGGUAGAUGUGGUCUGCGAUGACAAAUGCAAAGUUCUUAUGGCCGAUUGCAUUCAGACAUUUGUGAGCACAGCAGUUGCUGUUUAUCUUGACAAAACAAUGAGUAUCAAUGUCUAUGAUGAAAUGUUCACUGGGUUGACUAACCCUAAGCACCACAUGAAAGUGAGAGACAUUCUGGUUUCUCUCUGUAAUGGGGCAGUGGAAACGCUUGUGAAGACCUCUCAUCAAGUGCUGACGAGUUCAAAAUCUGAUUCAGAGUUCAGUUCAAGUUCCUCAUGUUCCAGUGUUGAUCAGAGUGAAGCCCCAAGCGGAAACAAGCUUUUCGAGCAAGAAGCACCUCCAAGAAAAUUGAAAGAGCCAGGCAGACCUAUAGAGAUACAGAAUAGUGGAUGGGUGAGUGGUGUUUCAUCUACCUUGGCUGUCCCAAGCAAUCGGAGGUUCAUGCUAGAUGUGACUGGGAGGGUGACAUUUGAAACUACGAGAUCAGUUCUAGAGUUUUUCAUGUGGAAGCUGUCGUAUGGCUUGAAAAGAAGUUAUAAUGUAGUUCAUGAAGAGAUUGUGGACAGGGGACUGGAAGUUAUCAGAUAUGUUGGUGCUAAAUCUUCUAUUAUUCUAACCAUAUGUCUUGCCCUCCUUUUACACAUCCUUGGCAGCACCCGUGCCAUGUUACCUGCAUAA